CAUAGGUUUGCCAAACCUAACAGCCAACACGCCUUUUCAAAUCUCCUUCCUCAUCUCCCUCACUCUCCUCUCUUUGUAUCAUUAUUCAUUACCUCGAAAGCUGCAAGAAAAAAUGGCGGGUUCUUCCAGACGAUCAACCGGAUCAAUCCUCCGGUCGAUCUCACCGGCCGCCAGAGUCCACUCUGCCACUACCAAAUCUCCUUCCGUUUUUGCCUCGUCGGCGUCUGUUUUUGCGCCCAGAUGUUCAAAUAUUUUUCACAGGCAGAUGCCGCCGGCUGGAGCGAACGUUUCUACCCCGGCGACUUCGAAUUCCGCCUCUUCCGUACGGUUUUCCUUUGACCGGCAAGCUUCUCCGAGCAGGUCUAUUGCGGUGAUGAACCGCGUCCACACGAAGCCCGCGAGCGAAGGCCGGAAGCGUACUUGUACGUGCUCGCCGACGAAGCAUCCUGGCUCCUUCAGGUGCAGCCUGCACAAGAAUAUGGAUCUGUCCGGCGGCGGACGCGCUCCCACGGCUUCGCCGUGCAAUUCGAACCGGCUGAAUAUGCGGCGGUCCGCGAUGACCAACUCGUUGGUCCGGAUAGGCACCGUGGAGGGCGAUCUGGUGAAGCGAGCUUUGGGAGCGCUUAUUCGUCCGUCGUCUCACAGCCAGCGCCGCCGCGCCGGGUUCCGGCCGAGGCCUAGCCGGCUUUCCAGCAUGUCAAAAGCCUAGGCCUAGAGGGGAAUCGAUUUCCGCGUUGAUGGCGUCAGCAGGCUUUUUAUGACGUCUUGUUGGACCCCACGGGAAAUAAAAAUCUCAGGUGGCUUAUGUGGUGGUCGCGAGGGGACGGGUUUUAGUGUACUCUAGUGGCCGUCGGGCGAAGCCCUAUGAUCUGAAGAAUAUGAUAAUUGUAAAAUAUUUUUUUGAUUAAUUAAUUAGUAGUUCUUGUUCUUUGUUUCUUUCUCUCUACAAUUCCAUUACACAGUUUUACACCGUUCACUUGAUACAAGAAAAAUCAAAUAACUAAUUUAUUAUCAGUCAACAAAAGAAAUUUAAUAACCGAAU